UUGGCCGCUUCUGCGUCUGCGCAACUACGGGCGUAGGUGUUCGGCUUUGAAAUGCAGCGGGAUUUAGUGAGUUUGCCCCUGUCCCCAGCGGUGAGGGUGAAGCUGGUGUCUGCAGGUUUCCAGACUGCUGAGGAACUCCUAGAGGUGAAACCCUCCGAGCUCAGCAAAGAAGUUGGGAUAUCUAAAGAGGAAGCCUUAGAAACUCUGCAAAUUAUAAGAAGAGAAUGUCUCACAAAUAAAACAAGUUAUUCUGGUACAGCUGAGUCAGGCAAGAAGUGCACAGCACUGGAACUUCUUGAGCAGGAGCAUACCCAGAGUUUCAUAAUUACCUUCUGUUCAGCACUAGAUAAUAUUCUUGGGGGUGGCAUACCCUUAACCAAAACAACAGAAAUUUGUGGUGCACCAGGUGUUGGAAAAACACAAUUAUGUAUGCAGUUGGCAGUAGAUGUGCAGAUACCAGAAUGUUUUGGAGGAGUGGAAGGUGAAGCAGUUUUUAUUGAUACAGAGGGGAGUUUUAUGGUUGAUAGAGUGGUAGACCUUGCUAAUGCCUGCAUUCAGCACCUGCAGCUUAUAGCAGGAACACAUAUGGGAGAAGAGCACCCAAAAGCUUUGCAGGAUUUCACUCUUGAAAAUAUUCUUUCCCAUAUUUAUUAUUUUCGUUGUCGUGACUACACAGAGCUACUGGCACAAGUUUAUCUGCUUCCAGACUUCCUUUCAGAACACUCAAAGGUUCGAUUAGUGAUAGUGGAUGGUAUUGCUUUUCCUUUUCGUCAUGACCUAGAUGACCUAUCCCUUCGUACUCGGUUACUAAAUGGCCUAGCGCAGCAAAUGAUCAGCCUUGCAAAUAACCACAGAUUAGCUGUAAUUUUAACCAAUCAGAUGACAACAAAGAUUGAUAAAAAUCAGGCCUUGCUGGUUCCUGCACUGGGGGAAAGUUGGGGGCAUGCUGCUACAAUACGACUAAUCUUUCAUUGGGACCAGAAGCGAAGGUUGGCAACAUUGUACAAAUCACCAAGCCAGAAGGAUGCUACAGUACUAUUUCAAAUCACACCUCAGGGAUUUAGAGAUGCUGUUGUUGCUACUGCAUGUUCAUUGCAAACAGAAGGUUCAUUGAAUAUCCGGAAGCGGUCACGGGACUCAGAGGAAGAAAAGGAAUCCAAAGACUAGUCUCAGAGUAUACAUAUGUAUUGAUGCUGUGAGAGAUGCAGUGCUUACAAGUAGUAGACUCGUUACUUUAGAAUAUAAACACUAUGGCGUGAAUGAAUCCAGUCUAUAUUAAGUGAAUGGUGAAUGAAUGGAUCAGGUCUAUAUUAAGUGAAAACACUUAACAAAUAGGAUUCUCUGAAAGUUUUUCUAAACUAAGCAGUGUUCUACAGUUGUAUUUAACCCUGUUUUCAUUUUCAAUAACAUUCAGUAGAGAUGAUACAGUUAUUGUAUUUUGCAAAUGUGGAAAGCUGAUCGCUUGUGGCCAACUGAAUUUAAUAUUCAGACUGUUUUCUCCUCCUUUCUUUGCCAAUUGCCUAGACAUUUCUAGGAAGAAAAGAUUUUUUUAACAUUCCUAUUGUGCUCUCCUCUUUAAAUGUAGCUUUGAUAAUUCUUAAAAAUGACAUGUUUCCAUUAUGAAGAAAAGCCAGCACCAUGAGUCAGCAUAUCAUUACAUUCAGUUUAUGAGUAGGAUACACAUUUUGGAUGACCAGUCUGAUUUUAGUGACCCCAAUCCUAAAAUCUAAGUCAUUUGUUCAUUUUUUAAUGUUAUUUUGUAACAUUAAAGGAAGGACUUUAGAGUUGUUAUCCCAUCUAGAACAUUGACUGGAACAUAUAUCUAUGUUGUCAAGUUGAUAAGCUCACAGUCAUUUAUUUCCAUAUUUUUGAAACAUGGUGUGAUCCAGUUCUAGGUGUAUUGACAUUUUUCCUUUGAAUAAUCUUAAUACUGCUUGAAUAAAUUAAAAAUUUGGAUUGUUGAGUGGUUUCAAAAUUUAAAAAUGUUUUGGUACCUGGUUCUUAGUGCUUCUUAAUUCAUUUACAAAAUUUACUUUAACUCCCAGUGGAAGAAAAUUAUUUAAGUAAUUGAAUAUUAUAUACCGUGACAACCAUAUUUUCCAGACUUCAGUGACAGUUGGUAUUUCCUGUCCCAGACUGAACACUAAAUUCAUAAAAUUUAAAAAAUGUAAUUAUUCUGUAAUUGAUUAUACAUAGACUAACCAUAGUUGGCAAGGACUUUUUAAAGAAUGAAAAUAGGCACUGCUAACAAUUAUACCAGGACAUAAAUCAGGACUGUCCCAGGCAAAUCAGGCUUAUGGUCAUCCUAAUUAUGUAAGACUAAUUUCAAAUGACUACUUUAGUAUAGGAUAACUAAUUGUAACACUCUUAUUUU